AUGAAGGUCGGGUUGACAAAUAAACGGCCACUUCCUCCUUCCUCCACCUUUGUCGAGUUGCUUUUCUUUCGUCUGUCUUCUAUCUCGGAGACAGACUUGCCGCGAUUGUGGUUUCAGGGAGCGUUUGGCUGUAAUAUCAUGCUUCGUUUCCUUCAUUAUACGAAUGCGAUGUUUCAGAACCUUCUCUCACCUCUCCGCUCUCGAUUUGAACCACCAAAGUCGCCAACAUUACCGAACGAUAAUGGGAACGCCAACCUCAAUCCGCCAAAUGAGACGUUAACCUCGCCGCGUUCGCCACUAGCGGGCUGGAGCUUGACUUCACCGCGUCUGUCUGUGUUUGGCGGCAGUGGCGCUGGAAGCGCGCAGACCGGUCUAACAGGGCCUUGGACGGGCGGGUCAGGGGCGGAAGACCUCAUGAGCCCAGAGGAGUUUGCACGCGACGUGCUGGUGGAACUUAUGCGCGGUGCGCUCGAGGAAAUGCGCGUUCGAGCGGCUGGAGCAGUGGUCAAGGACCAGAUUGAAACACUGUCCGAAAUUCACCGCAUUAUGCAGCAAGACGUCGCAGCCACGCCCUCCAGCCCGACUUCUGCUGCACCACCUCCACUGGAGUUCCAGGCUGACCCGACCAGAACGAAGGCCGUGUUUCGCGAAAUGGACGGGUUUCUGUGUCUCAUGAACGUGCUCUCAACCCUCAGCGCAGAUACCGGAAACAACGCUGCUGAGGCUGCAGAGAAUCAAGCAGUGGGCGACGCGGUUAUUAUCGUCAGCAGGCACGGAGACGAAGCGGAGGCAGAAAAGGAUCCCGACCAAUUGUUUCGCGAUUGCGUCAAAUGGGUAUUUCUUGUGCUCAGUGAAGCUAUGGAGGGCUGCGUGGCGAAUGAGGUCUUCUUCAGGACGAAAGUUGGUUAUCAGUCCCUGGAACUCGCUCUCAGAAGUCUUAUCAACGGCGCCGCGUUGGAGGAUUCCGAACGACAGAAGCUACGCUUACAUAUCCUUUCCCUGCUCCUAUCUUUGUCUUUGGGCGAAUUCUCUACAACCUUCGCUUCUUACUUUGCCUCCGACGAAUUCGAGGCUGUUGAUGAGAAAGUGAAGACGAUCAAGGAGAAGCAAAGCGACACGCGAAUCAAACAUGCCGACUCUAUUCGUGUUUUGUGGAACCUCGCAGAAGGCGCUGAUGAGGACCGGCGGACACGAUACGCGCUAUACAAGCUCCUCGAGCUACUGUAUGCGCUCAGCCAUCGAAAUGGAGGCGUCCUGUCAAGUCUAGGACUGGUUGACGGGGUCUUCACGAGGUUCGGAGAAGUGAGGCUGGGUCUGAAGGAGGCAUUGGACGAUCCUGCACGAGAGCAGCUGGAGAGAGAGAAGCACGUCUUGCAUCGGUUAUUGAGAAGGCUGUUGGAGAUGGGUGCGAGCACGAGUGAGGCAAGGCGGAUAUUCCAGGCUGCAGUUGAGGAACGCGCCGGAAAGGAGAGGCUGGAUCCGGAGAUACUGGAGGUAUUGAGGUUCGGCAUGAAGAGUCGUUGGGUCGAGCAUUUUUCGCUUGAAGGGCAGGCCUCCCUCGUUCUGUCGGAUGAGCAGAGAUGGCGGACACUUCCGAAGGAUGGCAUGUCAUUUUUGAUGUGGUUUUUCCCGUCGACCAUGCCCAUGGCGGGGCAGACAUACACGCUGUUCGGCGCAAAGUCUUCCGCACCUGGCCCCUCGAAGCCAUAUCUCCGCCUAUCACUCCGUUCAGAUGGCAAGUUGGGCGUGUUCAGUAACACGGCGCCAGAUGACGAGACAGUAUUCGCUGCCUCUCGAGUACGACGCGGGCGAUGGUCUCAUCUGGCGCUUGUGUGGUACCCGAAGAAAGGAAGCAAUCCCAAUCUCAGACUGUUCCUGGACGGAGCUUUCGUCGAAGGGGCUCAUCUUGCGUAUCCUCGCGGAGAGUCUGUUUCGUUGUAUGGAUCCAGCUCAACAAGCGUGCAGUAUGCCGUCGGCGACAUCUUACAUGCCCCAGCCCGAGGCAUGAGUUGGAGUGUUGCCUCGGCAUAUCUCAUGGGCCUCCCGCUGCCCGACGACAUCCCGCGCCUCAUUCAUCACCUUGGCCCGCGAUACACAGGCUCUUUCCAAGACCCUGCUCUGGUCAGAUUCCUGACGUACGAAGCGGCCACUUCGCUGAACAUGUACCUUACUUCCGUUUCCUCGAUCGCUGGACUGCACUCGAACCCGAGUUCGGCACUAUCACCUGUCAAAAGCCCUUCAACACGUCCGGUUAGCAUGAUCGGCGCUCUCCAAGCAAGCAGUUCUCUACCUGAUAAUGCCACCAACGGCCAAGGCCCUGGCCCGACUCAUACUCUAUCUCCGAGACCGACCGGGGUCACGCCGAUCCUCAAGACUUUGAGAGAAGGAAUGCGUUCAAUUGGCCUCCGGGAGGAAAGCGUACUGUUCGGUCUAGCACCUGCAGGAUUUGAGUGGGGUUCCUCCGAUGCCAACUCCAAUGCUUUGGAUGACUCUAGCGUGGUUGACGUACGAAGCCCGAAGCUUAGGACUAGCCAGACGAGAGACUCGUGCGAGUCCAACCUUGUAGGCGAUGUGUUUGUGGUCAAAGCUGAGAGCCUCGAUGUCGCACUAUGGAAGAUUGGUGGAGCUCGUGUUGCGCUCAGGCUCGUUGAGCUAGCCGAGACACCACAUGAACUAUCGCGGACGUUGGGAAUUCUGACCGAUGGCCUGAAAAAUAGCUGGCAGAAUUCGGAGGAUAUGGAACGGAUGCGCGGUUACGAUAUCCUAGCCGCUAUCUUGAGACGCAAAGCUCAUCUCAUUAACCUUACUGCCUUCGAAACUGUAUUCGAAUUCCUUGGUUUCAACUUCAAUGCUCCAGAGCAUUCGACAAUAGUCAACCCCGUCGCUUACCGUGCCAUUGCGUUGGACUUCUCGCUUUGGGUUCGUACUGGCUUCCAGACUGCAGCCAAACCUGCCGUCUCGGCCAGUCAGGCCCCUUCGACCCCUCAAGUUCCUCCCACUCUCCAGCCAACACAAAUAGCCCGUGCACAUCUCGACCAAUUUACGACAUUGCUCGAAACGAGUCGGUAUCGUGCAUUUAAUUGGCGCGUUGGUCUCGGCGAAGGUAGCGGAGGAUCGAAGAAGGAAAAGAGCCCGGUCCCUGCAGCUGGAGGAGGCCUCGUCAGGCGGAUUCUCUUUGCUCUCCAAAUGGGCUGGUAUGGCGCAAGGUCGGUCGUUAAUGCAGAUGGCGAAGAGAAGCAGGAAGACAUGACGAACCAGCUUAUCGAGGCGCUGGCUUCGGCCCUUCGUGCACCAGGUGGUUUUGCGAAAGAAGAUAUAAAGGCUGUCGUUGCAUAUCUGGCUGCCAACCUCCAUGAAACUGAAGAUGCGGUUGAGAGUGGAAGCGCUAGUCGGACAGAAGCUAUGCUUGGGGAUCGAUUGGAGCUUGAACAUGGACAUUUGGAUGGAGCCACUACACCUCUCUCCGCCGUCUCCCAAGUGUCAGUUACAUUCUCAUUAGAAUCUUCCACAGUGCCGACCCCUCGCGAAAAGGCAGAGAAGGUUCUCGCUCUGCUGGUUUCCAUCCUAUCCUCGCCUGCCCUUGCUCCAUCGGCACUUCCCUCUCAGAUCUCGACUCAAACCUAUUACUCCAAACUUACCUCUGCUCUCCCUGUUACUCGGAUAUUACUCCUUCUACUGGGCGAACACCCAGCACCUCGUACAGCAGCCCUCAUCCUACGUCUCAUCGCUGUCAGUACCGCUCGAUCUCCAUCGUUCAGUCGCAAGUUCGAACUUGUAAGCGGCUGGAGCGUUUUAAAGGUCGUUCUUCCGGACACCAAGGUGUGGACAACUGAAGUCAACGACGCCGCAUGGGAUGUGCUGCUUGGGCGUGGAGCCAGCUCCAGCAUGAUGGGGAGUCGAGGAGCAACCCCCGUUAGUGCUACGGGCAGAAGACAGAAAGAGACGGACAAGCAAAAGAGUACAACAGUCUCUUGUCCACAUAUACUUCCGACCAUCGUUUCUGCCUUGCAGACCGGCUUGAUCGCUGUUGCUGACAGAUGUGCAAUAUCCGACGAGGAUGCAGGCGCAGCUUCGCAGUCUUGGGCAACAGAGCAAACAAUGGAACGACUCGUUGAAGAACUGUUGACUUUGCACGCGAGUAGUGCAACGUUUAGGCAAAUGUUCGAGUUGCAACAAACAACGCAACUGUUUAUCGACGCAUACAAGGCCAUGGUCGCCAAACUCACCAAAUUCCUAAACCAAGGUAGAGCCGACUCUGCCAAAUACAUCAAUGGGUGGAAUCUGCGGAUAUUGGAAAAGAUGACACAUUUUGGCCUGGCACUUGCUUUGGAUAAUGCUGUUGGCGGUUCGCAGAAGCGUGAGAUUCUGGACAACAUCCAAUCAGCCGAGUCGAUUAUAAACCCAGAUGCAGCAACUACCGCAAUUGACCCAGGUUUGGUCGUCGACAACCGGUCAGUACGUCAACGUAUCGCGUCAGCCCGGUUCAGCAUGCAAGUUGGCGAACGGACCGUCAUCAAGACCUUUACACGUAUGGCGGACUGGAGGAAGACGGUGCAUUCGGCCGAGAAAAAGAGGUUGCGGAAGACGCUGUUGGACAUCCGAGAGCAAAGACGUCAAGUUUCAAGGCUGACGGAUUGGUCGACACUGUUGACCUCCGAGAGAGGACUCUGGCGGCGCCAUCAACCUCUAUUGUGGAGGUUGGACGAAACUGAAGGACCACAUCGGAUACGGAAGAAGCUAGAGCCUCAGGACAAUGUUACGCCAAGCUCUCGUGUUGACGGACUCGACGAGAUGAUGAGGGAUGUCCGACCGCCUGAAACGAGCGAAUCUGCAUCAGUCAUCCAGAUAGAAGUGCCACCAUGGGCAGAAUCGUACGAGAUAUCCGCAACCGAGAUGGACGACCAGCAGCAGCUGGCGGAGGACAUUGUCGACGAUAAGCUGAGGCGUGUCCGGCAUGAGCUGGAACCUGGCGAUGUUAUCGAGGCGGUUGCGACGGUUGCAAGGAUAGACGGGGUUGAUUCGUCUCCUGGCUUGUUGAUUUUAGGCCGCACCCAUAUCUAUAUGCUUGAUGGCUUGGUGGAGAACUCCGAAGGCGAAGUCAUCGAUGCACAUGAUGCCCCGAAACGCCUUCUCUUCAUUCCUGGCAGCAUUGUCGAGCUUGACGGUCCUCAGAAAGCCCAACGUUGGGCUCAUAGCCAGAUUGCCUCGUCAAGUGAUAAGAAGUUCCUCUUCCGAGAUGUCGCUCUUGAACUGUAUUUCAGAGACAGCCGAUCCCUUCUAAUCGUGUUCAUCGACAAGAAGAAACGCUCUGACUUUGAGGCCCGCCUGUCAGCCAUCAUCGGUCGACCUUCAUCUGAAGUUACGCUAGCUGCACCUCAACGGACACCAAGACUAGGAAGGAUGGGUUCCAGGAUGUUCCUGGGCUUCAGAUCUGACGAGCUGUCAACCGCGACGCGCAAGUGGCAAGCUCGAGAGAUAAGCAACUUUGCGUACAUCAGUAUCUUGAACCAGAUAUCUGGCCGCACGCCUAGCGAUGCUACUCAGUAUCCCGUCUUCCCCUGGGUUCUGAGCGACUACACGUCUCAAACCCUCGACCUCAACAACCCUGAAUGCUACCGCGACCUAACGAAGCCCAUGGGCGCACUGACUCCUGCAAGACGACAAGCAGCCGAAACUCGAUUCACCAAUCUUCAAAGCGUCGGCGAAGAACCCUUCCACUACGGGACGCACUUCAGCUCCUCGAUGAUCGUGUGCCACUUUCUGAUUCGGCUCGCGCCGUUCACGAACAUGUUCAAGACGCUGCAGGGAGGGGAUUGGGAUCUGCCUGAUCGACUGUUCAGUGACCUGGCGAGAGCGUAUGACUCGGCGGCUCGUGAUGUCCGGGGAGACGUGCGCGAGCUGAUACCGGAGUUCUUCACCUGUCCUGAAUUCCUCGAGAACUCAGCCAAUCACGACUUUGGCGUCUUACAGCAGACCGGAGAGAAGAUCCACGACGUCAAGCUGCCUCCAUGGGCUCGACAGGACCCGUUGCUCUUCAUAGUGCUCAAUCGACGCGCUCUCGAAAGCCCUAUCGUCAGCGAACGCCUGCCUGCAUGGAUCGACCUCAUCUGGGGUUGCAAUCAACGAGAUCCUUCGUCGUUGAAUGCCUUCCAUCCUCUGUCAUAUGAGGGCUCCAUUGAUCUAGAUUCGAUCAAGGACGACCUCGAGCGCGAGGCGACAGUGGGGAUCAUCCAUAACUUUGGCCAAACGCCCCGCAAGCUCUUCACUAGCCCCCAUCCUGAACGCUACCACGUCGGGUUGCAUACCUUGCCUAUUGGAACCCUUCAUGGCAUCGAAGAGGACCCGCACCUGCUCCUUCAGAACAGUAGAUGCUUCAAAGACCUCGGCCCAACAACCCCCGUCCGCGAGCUCAUCCCCGACUUUAUCGGCGACAAAAUGAUCCCAUGCCCCGAGGGCGUCCUCUGCCUACCCCAGACACCACACGAGCAGAUCGAGUGGCGCGCGGGCUCGACCGAGCUCCGGGUGACGGUCGACCACAAAGUCGUGCAGGUCGUCGAGAACGCGUUUUGUACGUGUGCGGUGUUCGCGGACGCGAGCUGCCUCGUUACGGGCUCGAGCGACUAUACGGUGCGAUUGUGGAAGGUUGGUCGGGGUGGUACCGGAGGGAGUGGGGGUGGUGGGGGGCAAGGAGGGGGGCAAGGAGGAGGGAAUGGGAUGAGGGUCGCGGUGUCGCAUAUCAUGCGCGUGCAUACGGAUGAGGUGGUGUGUGUUGCGGCGUCGAGGGCGUGGUCACUUGUUGUGAGCGGCUCGAAGGACGGAAGUGCGGCGCUGUGGGACUUGAAUCGGGGUGUGUAUGUAAGAUCGAUAUGGCAUGGCGAGCAGGGUGGAGAGAACGCGGCGGUUAACUUGGUUGCUAUCAACGAGAGCACGGGCUACAUCGCCACCUGCUCGCGCCUCAAACUCUGCCUGCACACGAUCAACGCACGGCCAAUCGCGACGCUCGACCUCACCACUACACCCUCCUUCUCCGCGCUUGUGCCGACGAUAACAUCCAUGGCGUUCCACGAGCGCGAGUACUCGCACUUGGGGGUGCUCGCCACGGGAGGGACUGACGGCGCGAUCACACUGAGGACGUGGACGGCGGAUGGGACGCCCGAGGGCGAGAAAGCGCAGUGGGAGUUCCUCACGAUCCGGACGAUGAAAGUGAGGAUGCUGGGCCAUGCGCGUCCGCCGGCUGUUACGGCGCUCAAGUUCCUUGGUGAAAGCCUGUACCAUGGCGAGGAGACGGGCAAGUCGUACAUCUGGAGUCUCCCGGAUAACUGA